AUGUCCUCCCCGCAGCCCCCCGCGCCUCCUCACCGCCGCCCGGCCCCCUCCGCUCCCCACCUCGGCCCGCCCGCGCCUCCUCCCCGCAACCGCCGCCGCCUCGCCGCUCCCCCGCGGGCCGGCGCGGAGGGACGGAGGGAUGGAGUUACCUUGACCCUCCUGGUAGAGAAGCCGGAGACGGGAGGGAGGCGGCGGCGGCGUGAGCCGGGCUUGGCGGAGCGCGGCCGAUGCCUGGCGGCGGCGGCCCGAGUAUGGUACGCGCCGGGCUCGGUCCCUGCCGCGGCGGCGGCGGCAGCGCAGGAGCCUGUAGGCCUCGGCGGCGUUGGCGGCCUCCCCAGCGCAGGGCGGCGUUGGCGGCGGGUUCAGGAGCGGGCGGCUGCUCGGGCUCCGCUCAGUCCCAUGCACUCGGCGCGGCCCCCUGCCUGCGAUGGCUGCUGCCUCACUCACAUUCCCGGCGGAGCCCUGCGGAGGGGCCCUGAGGAGGCGGGGGGGGGGGGGGGCGCGGGGGGAGCCGAGUGCGGGCCGAGCCGAGGGGGAGCGGCGGGCGCGGUGCGGGCGGCUGGGGAGGGGGGGGGGCAGGCCGGGCGGGCGGCGCGGCGGUGCUGCGAGGGGAGGGAAGGCCUCUUCCGCCGGCGGCUGGUUCAGGUGAGAGGGGGGGUCCCGGUGGGCGUCGGGGUCGCGCUCCGGCUCGCUCCUAUUGUCACUCUCAGCGGGCUCCGGCCAUGGCACUCACUCACACACACUCACUCACUCACUCACAACCGAGCGUGCUGCCACCGCCCCCCGGCCCGCGGCCCGCCCCCCGCGCCCGCCCACUGGAGCCUGCCGCCGGGACGCGCCGCCUCAUUGGCGCCCGCCGCCGCCGCCGGGACAGUCGGGAAAGGGGAGCGCUGCCGGGGGAGGAGGCGGUGCCGGCCGGGGCGGUGUAGCGGCGGCGGCGGCGGCGGCAGCGGCAGCGCCCUUCUUUUCCCUCUGUGGGUCGUGGGAGGAGAGGCGGACGAGCGCCGGCCGCCGCCAGAGCGAGGGCCGUCGGUUGAGGUGGAGCACCUGGUUCUGCUCUGGACAGUGAAACCGGGAGGUUUCUUGCUUAGGGUCACACCGUCCUACAUGGGGAGAUUCUUCACUAGCAGUUAUGGCAUCUUCCUCAGCAAUUGUUUUGGUAGUUGCUCCACUACCUCUUUACACAGGUUACUCUUUUGGUACUCACCAAAUCCCUCCAGCAUCCGCUCAAAGCUGCUGAUGCUUUCACGACAUGCUGCUAUCAAGGCAACCGAGUGACCAGGGAACUGGCUCAAAAGCUACUCGCUCCUUUGGCUCCUUCCUUUGUGCAGAGGAGCUCUGGUUGGUAGUUUUAUGAUGAAAAGUACUCAGAAACUAAGACAAAGGUGCUAAACAACCGUGACUCUUCGCUCACAGAGCUGCACCUGCAGCACGGACCAUAUCUGCGCAGUCCUGGAACAAUCCAGUGUUGCUGACAGCUCAAGUGUCUCUUCAGAGCCAGGUUUAGAAAGGCCAGGCCAGCGCAGGUGAUUUAAGGAGAUGGUUUCAUCUUUUUAAGUGUUGGAAUUUGAAGUUCAAACAUUUAAUCUUUGAAAUUAAGGAAAGCUGAGAAUUUAUGGGAGUGCAGAGGGCAUGAUGCCUUUAAGAGAAUUAUUAAACUGAAUUAACAAGAGUGACAAUUCCUUAACUGGGGGGAAGAGAAGGGAGAAGAAUUCAAUGAAAGUUAAUACUCCUGGCUAAAGAGUUAAAAGAUCCGUUCUCCUGCAUUUUGUCAGUGAAUUGAAUUUGAGGAGAAAAACAGAAAAUAUUUAUCAGUGUUCAAACAUGACGCUGUAGUAAAUGAGUAGUUGUCAUUUCUUGUAAAGAAAAUCCAACCAUAAUUUUAGUAUUUGCAGUGCCAUGGUCUUGCACGGGUGUAGGUAAGUUGCUGGAAUGGUUAAUUUUGACCUCUGCCAUUAUAAUGCACCUUAUUUUUAAUUUGAAUGAUGUCCAGUUUCAGCUCCCAGGCAUUCAUCCUGUCAUGUGUUGAUUACUGUAAUAAAAGCUUGUUAUUACGAAA